ACCUUCCUGAGCGCGCUGGGCCUGAACUACCUUUACCUUGGCCACCUGAGCAAGGGCCGCUGGGAAGCAGCCGGGCGCCUUUCUGAGGUGCAGGCCGCCAGCCUACGUGUGAUCGGUGAGACGGUCGAGUGGCGCGUGGGCGACGCGUUGGCGGCGGUGGACAUCCCGUUCUGGCCUCAGGAAAUGAAGAAGACGAAGUCGAGCUACGACCUGGAGGAGGACUGUCGGGCGCUCCCUCUGAAGUUCGGCGAGCUUGAGCCCGGCCUUCCCAAAGCCGAAGAUAUCGGCCGCUUGGACGUGCUGGACUAUGUGGGGGAGGUGCUCACCAAACCCGAGAUGUCGCUCUUGCCGGAGGCCGAGUGGCCCGAGUCGCCCCCGAAGGCAAAGGUCAACGUCGAGAAGCUGGAGGACUGGUGGGCCAUCGCUGCCAAGCUGGUGGAGCGUGGAUUGCUGGCCCCUAUACCAGCUGAGCGCAUCUUUGUGGCCCGCGGCCGUCGCGUCACGAACGGUUUGUUUGCUGCGACGAAGUCGGGGUCCCCAGCUGAGGGAGAGGCCAGGGUGACGCGAUUGAUUUUCAACGUGGUCCCGACCAAUACGUACCUUCGACCGUUGGCGGGGGGCUCAGUGACUCUGGUACCCUCGCCGGCGUGGGUAAGCAUCUCCCUUGGCCCCGAGGAGGUGCUGCUCUGGAGUGGGGACGACCAGAAGGGAGCUUUCUUCAUGUACCGCACCCCUGCGCCGUGGCUGGGCUACAUGGCGAUUUGCACCCCAAUCCCCGGCCAUGUUCUUGGCGUGAAGGCCAAGGAGGUGUGGCUGGCCAUGACGGCGCUGCCCAUGGGCUGGGUGUACAGCGCCCCCAUUUUCCAGAGCGUCCACCGGCGGGUUGCGCUUCUGGGUCGCCCUGCUGGCGCCGCCCUCCCAGCUGACCUGGAGUGGCGGCGCGACCGUCCUAUCCCCGCCGCUGCAGCUGCUCCCCUGUCUCAUGAGGGCCCUCGCGAGUGGUGGAGUGUGCACAUCGACGACUUCGAUAACUGCGAGACGGCUGGAUGCAAGGAGGCGCUCGCGAAGGUGGGCGCUCCUGGCCGCCUGCAGGCCCAGAUGAGGGAGAGCUACCAGCGGAAUGCAAUCCCCAUCAGCGUGGACAAAGCCAACCAGAGGCAGCUCUUGGUCACGCGGAUGGGUGUAGAGGUGGACGGGAUCUCAGGCAGGGCCGCCAACAAUCGGAUAAAGAACGCGCAGCUGUACAGCCUUAUCAUGUGGUUCCCGACGAGAGAGAACCCCCUCGGGAACCAGCUCCUGAUUCUCAUGGGACGCUGGGUGAGGGCGCUAGAGUUUCGACGUCCUCUCUUCGGGGUGUUCAACUCGGUGUGGGAGCAGAUUGGCUCGGGCCGUGCUGUGUUGACCAGAGCCAGCCUGGACGAGCUGAUGCACAGCUGCCCGCUGAUGCCCCUCGCCUCCACCAACCUGAGGGCCGCUACCGCGGGCAUCGUCUCGUGCUCUGACGCCAGCGAAGACGGUGCAGAUAUGUGCACGGUCGAUAAAGGGGCUCGCCGGGUGCUGAGAUCGCGCUGGCCUGGCCUGAUCGAGCUGGGCCCAGUCGAGGAAAUUCACGACCGACAGCUUGAGGCUCUGGCCAUGUUCCAGGAUCGGAUUGUUGCCGUGGUCGUUGCGGGAGGCAGCCCUUGCCAGGACGCGAGCGGUGUGAACGCCGACCGGCAGGGCGCGCAUGGCGCUCGGAGCGGCCUGUUCAAGCGCAUACCCAAGGUGGUGAGCGCACUUGCUCUCGUCAUGAAGGUGCCUGUCCAUUGGCUUGUGGGAAAUGUGCUCUCGAUGAGCGCAGAAUCCCUCCAGGAGUUCUCCCGCAUCCUCCAGACUAGGCCCAUCAGCGUGUGCAACUCCCUCUUUACCGAGAGUAGAAGGCCACGAUUGUACUGGUUGUCUUGGAGAGAGGCGGCCCUCAAGCUCCCCGGGGCGCACGUGGAGCCCAAGGCCAACUACGACCUCAUCAGGGCGCUCCAGGUCCCGAAGGCUCCUGCAAGCUCUUGGGUUGCCUCAGGGUGCUCCAGGGCUUCGGACAAGGGCCCAGUCUGCACGUUUCUCCAGCGGCGGAAGAAGACUGCCCCGCACAAGCCUGCAGGUUUAUCGGCAGCAAGCCCAGAGGCCAUCCAGAGGUGGACCCAGGACCUGCACGCGUACCCUCCGUACCAGUACGAGCUAGUUCACAUGAUUCGGGACUCCAAGGGGGACUUGAGCUCGGGCUCCAGCCGUGGCAGCGUUGAGAACGAUCGCUGCAGCCUCUUGGGGAACGCGUUCGCCUGCUGCGUCGUUAGCUGGCUGUUCCUCGGUCUGAAGUGCCAGUUGGGCGGGCCCGUCAGGGCGACCGACCUCGAGGGGGUCACGAGCGAUUUGGAGGUAAAGGACUUACUCGACGAGUCGGUGGAGUUCUCGAAGGACCCCAUCAAGGAAACCUCCAUCGGCCGCAAGCUGGUCGAGAUUUUCUGGACGAUUGCCGAGAAGUCGGGGAGUGACAUCCGCCUCGACCUCGGCGCGCCUUUCCGCCCCAAGGCGUGGCCGCGAUCCUCGAUUGACCCGGCGCUGUGGCGCUGGCGGUCGACGCUGUCCUUCCCGUGGCCGAAGUCGUCGAGGGAGCUGCAUAUCAACGCGCUCGAGUUGAAGGCGGUGAACGCUUCCUUGCGGCACAGGACUCGCACUACCUCGUUCAGGAGCGCGAAG